GGCACAUUUUAUUGAUGUUUGAGUUGAUUCUCCACAUUAAACGUCAGUAGGCAAUACAGAAACAAACCAGAUCUGCUCUGACUGAAAUAGUUUGCUGUUGCGGAACAACAUGACUAAUGAGACUGCACCAUAUGAAUAUAGCCAAGUCUAUGAAAAUGAGAUGUGUCACAAAGAGGACGUGGUGAAAGUCGGAUCCUUUGUUAUUCCAAUCUUUUUCACAGCAGUGGUUGUGUUGAGCUGCAUCGGUAACAUUCUCGUUCUGGUCAUCCUUGCACUGUACGAGAGCCUCAGAUCCCUGACCAACGUCUUCAUCCUUAAUGUAGCUCUGUCAGAUCUUCUGUUCACUUUUGGACUUCCAUUUUGGGCCUCGUACUACAUCUGGGGUUGGACAUUUGGAGACGUUGGCUGUAAAGCUGUGAAGUUUCUGUUCUACCUCGGCUUUUACAGCAGCGUGUUGUUCUUGACUCUAAUGACCGUUCAGCGUUACAUGGCAGUGGUUCAUCCUCUGUCUGACUGGGAGAGAUGCAGAGUCCUUUCAGUCUCUCCUUUUAUUGUUUGGAUCCUGAGUGGAAUUGUUGCACUGCUUAGUUCACUUCAAAGCGAAGUCUUGAUAGACUCUGACAACAUGUACUGUGAAUAUGGCAGUGAUAAGUGGAAAUAUGGCAUUGUUUAUUUUCAAAAUGCUUUUUUCCUCUUUGCAUUUGUAAUCAUGGGUUAUUGCUAUGGCAGAAUGCUUCAGACAAUCACAAAAUCACGGACUAAUAAGAGACACAAGACUGUUAGACUAAUAUUCUGCAUUGCACUAGUGUUUUUUAUUGGUUGGGCUCCAUAUAACAUUGUCAUGUUCCUAAAAUCUUUGAAUGUCCAUCCAUUCACAGACUGUGACGUGAGCACUAGACUAGAUUAUGCAUAUUAUGGUUCCCGAAUGUUAGCUUUUACACACUGUUGCUUGAACCCUGUGUUUUACGUUUUUGUUGGAGUAAAGUUCAGGAAUCAUCUAAAAAUGAUUCUGGAGAAGAUAUGUAAAAAAAAAAAACUCAAUUCCAGUCAAACCAGAUUGGCAAAAAAUCAAUCGCAGGGUUCAAUGUAUUAACAGAAAACUCAAGUACUUUUACUGAUUGCAAUGAACUGCAAUGAACUAAUUUUAAAAUACAGUGUGUAUCAUAUAGAGAUGCUGCUGCUGCUAUUUUAUUAUAAUUAUUAUUCAUAUGAUGAAGCUGAUUAUUUGUUAUAACUUUUUUUGCGCCAUUGCAAAGCUUCUGCCAAUAUAUACAACUGUUAGAGCUGCAUGAUUAAAAUGUAAAUAAAUAAAGUGCCACUUUACAGGAUAAUUCCUCUCUCUAUCAAGCAGCAAAAACAUUCAGUUGUGAGAAAAUUUUGUUCUAAAUUAUAACCAGUGUUCUUACUCUUUGUGGUUGAAGUUCUCAUUAUUUUGUAAUUAAAAAUAU